AUGAGUGAUGCAUACUGUAUACCAAGUUCUUGUGGUUCCUUUUUAGGUUUCAUCACUCCAAAAGAGAUAGCAAUCAGCUGCCAAUCUGAAGCUACCCAGCAUCGGUGGAAGUGUGAGGGUUUCGAUAAUGUGUUCACAUGUUCGGCAGCAAUGCUUAAAAGCUUUCCGCAUGGUAUCGUGGUCCUGUCAGUCAAACCUCAGUCAAGACAUGCUGUGUAUGAUUCGUUGGCAUCAAACAAAGCAACAUUAGAGAGUUGUCCAUUAAUCAUCUCUAUUUUGGCUGGGAUCGACAUUUCUACAUUGAAAACUGAGUUUAGCUCACUUCUUUACCGCGGUCCAGUUGUUCGAAUUAUGCCGAACACGGCCGCUUCUGUCGGUAGCAGUGCUUCCAUAUUGUGUGCUGAUUCGAACGACACCACCAAAGAGAAGAUAGAUAUAGUCAAGACUUUCGCUUCCAAAGUUGGUUUAUGUGUGGAAGUGGAUCCGAAAUCCUUCAACGCCUAUGGUGUGGUCUCAGGAUCAGCUCCGGCAUGGGCGUAUGUGUUCAUGGAAGCACUGGCUGACGGAGGUGUCUUUGCUGGGUGUUCUCGGGAAACCGCCAUGAAACUUGCAGCUCAGAGCCUUUUGGGUGCAGCUCAAAUGGUUCUUGAAAGCGGGAUGCAUCCAGCUGUUUUGAAGGAUAAAGUAUGCUCACCGGGUGGAACUACAAUAGCGGGUAUACGAGAAUUGGAGAAAUCAGGUUUUCGCUAUGCAGUUAUUGAAGCUGUGAAAGCGGCAACAGAAAGAGCAAACUCUAUGACAUAG